CCCUUGUCAACCUAUGUGGGCGUGUAAAGAACACAAUACAUAACCCCCUGAGAGCCUUUGAGGAAACCACUGGAUAAAACAGACCAGAAGCAACUCAUUGUGUAGCAAUACUAAUUCGUGCCAUGGAAGGCAAUGCUUCAGACAGCGCUUCAACUUAUAAACCUGCUCCCAACUGCACCAACGUUGAUACUCUAAUGAAGAGGUAUUAUCUCCCAGCAAUGUAUUGUAUAAUAUUCAUUGUGGGCUUAUUGGGAAACCUGUUCGCCAUCACAGUAUAUCUGGUCAAGAUGAGACCAUGGAAGAGCAGCAGCAUCAUCAUGUUUAACCUUGUGGUAACAGAUUUUCUGUAUAUGUUGACUCUGCCGUUUUUGGUAUACUAUUACACCAAUGGCGAUUCCUGGACCAUGGGAGAUUUCACGUGCAGGUUUGUGCGCUUCGCUUUUCACUUCAACCUCUACGGGAGCAUCCUGUUCCUCACCUGCCUCAGUGUCUUUCGCUACGUCGCCAUUGUCUACCCCUAUCGAACUCAGGAGGUGCAAAAGAAACGGUGGGGCAUCCUUCUUUGCACCAUUGUCUGGGCAACUGCAGCAGUGGCAGUCACCCCCAUGACGACAAUGAUCUCUCUGGUUGAAUUGCAGAAUGUUACGCAAUGCUUAGAUUUUGCGAGCAAUGACUUGGAAACAGUUUGGUGGUAUGGCUGGCUUUUGACAGUGCUGGGGUUUACUCCACGGAUUGACAAUGUCAUAGCACGGGAUGGUCUUUGCUAA